CAACAAUUGAACCAAACAAAACUAAUUUUUUAUCAUUAAAAAGAACAAAAAAUGUUUAUGAAAAUGUUAGUGGAUGAACAAAGUUGUGGAAAUUUCUGUGUCACAAAAACCAGAAAGUCUUCUCCUUUUCAUUCUUUAUUCUGACUCAUCACUAGUGGCAACACUACUUGUGUUUUCUCCACUCUCUCUCUCUCUCUCUACCAACUACUCUCUCUCUUUCAUCACACUUCUUUUAUGUCUUGCAAUGGGAACAAGUCUAAGCAUUCCCAAAACUGAAAAGUUUUCUGAAGAUGGUGAAAAUGACCAGCUUAGAUAUGGAUUAUCAUCUAUGCAAGGAUGGCGUGCAACAAUGGAAGAUGCACAUGCGGCACAUCUUGAUGUGGAUUCAUCCACUUCUUUUUUUGGCGUUUAUGACGGUCAUGGAGGUAAGGCGGUUGCAAAGUUUUGCGCCAAGUAUCUUCACCAACAGGUACUCAAGAGUGAAGAAUACAUAGCUGGAGAUGUUGGAACAUCUCUUCAGAAAGCAUUUUUCAGAAUGGACGAGAUGAUGCGUGGUCAAAGGGGAUGGAGGGAACUAGCAGUCUUGGGUGAUAAGGUAAAAGGGUUCAAUGGAAUGAUUGAAGGAUUGAUUCGGUCUCCAAGAUGCAGUGGCGAUAAUAAGGACCAAAGUGAUGAUGAUUGGACCUUUGAGAAGGGGCCUCAUUCUGAUUUUGAUGGACCGACUUCAGGAAGUACUGCCUGUGUCGCAAUCAUUCGAAACAACCUACUUUUUGUUGCAAAUGCUGGUGAUUCACGCUGCGUAAUAUCUAGGAACGGUCAGGCAUACAAUUUAUCUAGAGACCACAAACCUGAACUUGCGAUUGAGAAGGAAAGAAUAUAUAAAGCUGGUGGUUUUAUUCAUGCAGGACGAGUUAACGGGAGUUUAAAUCUUGCAAGAGCUAUAGGUGACAUGGAUUUUAAGAAUAAUAGAUUUCUUUCUGCUGAAAAACAAGCUGUGACCGCCAAUCCAGACAUAAACACUGUUGACCUUCAUGACGAAGAUGAAUUUAUGGUGAUAGCUUGUGAUGGCAUAUGGGAUUGUUUGUCAAGCCAACAAUUGGUAGAUUUUGUACGUCAAGAACUUCUCUUGAAAACCAAACUUUCUGAGGUUUGUGAAAGAGUGCUAGACCGGUGUUUGGCGCCAUCAUUAGCUGUUGGUGAUGGAUGCGAUAACAUGACAAUGAUCUUGGUGCAGUUCAAAAAACCGGUGCAGACUAGUGCACCAGCUCAAGAACAAUCACCUUCAAAUGAACAAGGUGCAUCUGAACCAAGAUUGGAGGACUGUUGAAGUUGUCAGUUUUGUGUAACAAUACUACAUGCAUACAUGUAUAUUGUAUAGUAUGGACCUAUGCUUAGAAAAUGUCUAGAUGGUCAUUUUCACUCUUAAUUAGCAUUUUAUAAAACAAUUAUCAACCCCUAGCUUACUUUUUCAAAACUAUAAUGUGUUUUGCUUGUUCAAUAAGCGUCUCCAAUUAACCAAGUGGUUGAGUUCAUGGUGCUUCAGGUAAGGGCGAAUUGUUCGAGAGAACAUUUAGUCGUACUUUAUUUAUCUCUUCACUUAAUUCCAGAUUACUAAGAUUCCUUUAUCUUGAAAACCGGAGGGUUAAAGUCCAAAAAAAGUGGCUCCUUAGUAUUUCUAGUUAUUAGUAUUAGCAACAACAAUCUGCAGGCAUUUUGAGGUGUUUGAGUUGUCUUUAUUAGUUAAUUGAGGGAUUUUGGUCACAGUUUAAGGUUUUGUCAAAAA